CGCUCCCUCCCGCAUGCCAAAGCUACAGAACGCCUGGGAAGCCGGGAGGGAGAGAACCGCAGCUUUGGGAGCAACACGACCACCUUUGCAUGUUUACCUCCGACCGGGGCUCGGUUAGUCCUCAAACAACUUCACAAACUGUCCUGCUCCUUAUAUUACCGUGACGGGAAGCUCCUUUCUCCUCUCUCAUGGUCUCCAACUGAACUUUAUAGGGAUGUCAGAGCAUCACCGCGCUGAAUGCUCAGAUAUUAGUGCUGAAGUAUUUAAAGGAGGGAUAUAAAAGCGUGGAGGGAGCCGGAUUUUGUCUUCUUGACGCACUUUUUUUGUUCGGGUUGACACAGAGAAGGAGAGGGAGAGCGCGUGUGUGCACGGGGGGAGAGAGAAAUCGCACACUUUUUUUUUUCCUGGAGCUACGCGUUCAUGCCUUCAGUCUUGCGGACUCUGAGAUGGACGUCAGAUUUUACCCAGCUCCCAAUUCCAGCGUGGGUUCAUGUACAUUACCAACUGACUCCAGUCUGGACUAUUACCAUUCCAACAAGAGCAGAUACGGUGCUGCAGAUCGAGGAGUAAGGCUCUACAGUUCUCUGCCCAUGCGCCCUAACCCUGAUGGAAAGAGACUGCCCUCUACUGGGUUUGACGGUGACAACAUGUACAUGAAUGAAAACAACCACGAGUUCCUCCCACCAAACCAGAGCUACACAGGUCAAACAGGCGGCGGCGGGGGAGGAGGCGGAGGUGGCGGCAACUCAAGUGGGAAUGGAACCGGGGACGAAGACUACGAGAUCCCUCCAAUCACUCCACCCAACCACCCUGAGCCGCCUCUCCUUCACCUGAUGGAGCACGACUCUACAGGCUACCUCUGUCACUCGCUGCCACACAAUGGGCUCAUCAACCCCUACUCCUACCCAGAGCUGCCCACUCUCAUGAUGUCCAACAUGUUGGCACAGGACGGUCACCUCGUCUCCAGCCAAAUGCCCUCGAUGCAGGAGAUGGCUUUGCACCACCGCCAACAGCAACACCAUCACCAGCAUCCCGACGGCGCUCUUUACGAUCCCGCCCGUCACCACCCCAUGAUAAACAACUCACCUCCGAUACUGCCCAACCCCAUGAGUGCACUGUCCCAGCUAAACCCUCAGGUCAGCCGGAGUGCACUGCCUCACGGCUCCCCCUCACCUCCCGGGAGUAAAUCAGCCACACCUUCCCCUUCAAGCUCCAAUCAGGAAGAGGAAACAGAUCCUCAUUCGAAGAUGGUCUUCCAGAUGACAGGUGAAAAGCGGCCGUCUUCGGAGAUGAUGAAGCCGAAGCCCAAACCCCAAAAGAAGAAGAAGAAGAAGGAUCCUAAUGAGCCCACUAAGCCUGUGUCAGCCUACGCCUUGUUCUUCAGAGACACCCAGGCGCACAUCAAAGGACAAAAUCCUAACGCCACUUUCGGAGACGUGUCGAAAAUAGUCGCCUCCAUGUGGGACGGCCUGGGAGAGGAGCAAAAGCAGAGCUACAAGAGGAAAACAGAGGCUGCUAAGAAGGAGUACCUGAAAGCCUUGGCCGCCUACAGAGCCAGUCUGGUUUCCAAGACAUAUAAUGACCCAGUGGAGACAAAAACAGCCCAAACAAGUCAGGCUUCUCCACAUAUGAUGACAGCCAACACGCCCCUGUACAGUGUGCCACCUCCCCCCCAGCCGUCGUCACCAUACCUGGGCCCCGGGCCCUUCCCUCUCACUGACCUGCAGAGUUACGCAGGACACGCCCCUCGCCACGCCCUGUCGCAGACGCUCAGCCAAUCGCCGAUGCUGCCCAGCAUUAGUGCCUCUCCACCUUCCUCCUUUCAGAUCAGCCCACCACUGCACCCCCACCAGCAGCUCUCCCUGCACCAGAGCUCGCUCCUCAACCAGCCUAUCCGCAUGCAGCAGGUCCAGUCCCAGCCAAUCAUCUCCCACCAGAUGGGGCUUCAGGCCUCUCUUCAGUCCCCACCUCCGGGGCAGCAGGGGUUUUCCCACCUUCAGUCAGAUUACCAGAAGAGCAUUGGAGGAUCCCAGUCUCCAGGAGCCCCUGGCCCAGGUCCAGGUGCUGGAGUGGCUCAGACCCAUGAGUGGGACGGUGAAUACUGCAAUCGGGAGUGUGGCAACCACUGCAGUGGCAACAUGAUAGGCAGGGACAAGCCACUCUACCUCACCUGAACCUGAAGAUUUUACUCUGCUGACAAAUACGACACCAAGGAGUCUACUCUCAUCCCUCGCCCCCUCCUCUCCCAGCCCCCCCCCCCCCCCCUUAUGACCCACCUUUAGAUCCCGUGUACUCUUGACAUACAGUAACAUCUCAUACAUACACAUAGACAUUCAGCCACCAUCUUUCUUUCUCUGAGUAAUUCCUAUUUUUCUCAGUUCAUAGAUUCUGUGAUUAUUAUUAUUAUUUUUCUUGACUAGAUGACUACUGUCUGUACCACUCAUUGUAUUAGCAGUCCCUCGCUGUUUAAAUUUGCAAAGCACUUACGAUGCAUUUCCUCGUGCUCCUCCUGAGUUGUGUGUCUCUAAGCCCCAUCCGAUGCAGGCUGUAGAGCUCCUCUUGUGUGUCACCAUCAAAAGUCCCCUCAGGGACCCCAUCCAGCUUUAAGUAGAAUGAAAAGAAAAAAAAAAUUAAAUAUACUAUCUCCAUUUUUGUCAUUUAUUUUUCUUUAUUUUUUUAUUUCUAUUGUUGUUGAUGCUCGUCUUAUUUAUUUCUUGCUUGCAGAAAUAUUUUACUUUUAUUGUCAUUGUUUUGUUUUGUUUAAAUUUUUUUAAUCCUUUAUUUUUUGCCAAAAAAAAAAAGUGAUGGGCCCUGUUAUGUAGAGAAAAAUUAACUCCUAGUACGUUCAGCGUAGGCCUUGAUGUUAUGGUAGCUUUGCUUACGGGCCUGAAGAAUCAACCACAAAUCUUGAGUGGAGCUAGGAAAGAAAACUUUUUUUUAAAUUAAUUAUUUUUUUAUUUUAUAUUAAAGACCCGUUGAGGUCUACCAAUCUUUCACAGUGUGAUUGUAAAUAUCACUUUUAUGGGAUCAAAUUUCAGAUUGGAAGGUAGAUUUGUUUCUUCUUUAAUAGUACCUGUAUGUUACUGUGUGUGUGUGUGUGUGUGUGUGUAUGUCUGAACGUUAGAGUGGACCACAUUGAUGACGUGAACAGUUGAGUGUGUGUAUGCAUGUGUGCGCGUGUGCAGAGGUGUGCGAGUGUCUCCCGUGUUUGAGUCUUUCUCGUGAAUUUUAACAGCCUUGUGCAGCUGGAUUUCAGAAGGAGUAUUUCACACUUUCAUUCUUGCAUUAAAUCUGUGCUCACUGGUGUGUUUUUUUAUUUAUUUUUUUCCAAUAAAGUUCAAUCUCAAACCAAAUACACAAUAUAUGUCCUGCAGAUCAUUAAAUGGAAAGAGCCAGGUGAGAGAAUCCAGAGCACAGAGACAGAAAAGAAAACGCUGUGAGAUAAAAUGAGAUGUAAAAAAUUUCGGGUGGCAGUCGGUGGGGGCGAGGAAAAAUUACUGCCUCAGAAUGCCCACCCCACACACACACACACACACACACACACACAUACACAAUUUUGUUUUAUUAUCUGACCACACCGUUGAUGUUGUCUCCUCGACAUGCAGAAGUGAAGAACUGCAGGACGUGAAUGGAGCCAUCACAUCCACGUUAACAGUGAUCUUCAUUUUUUUUUUAAUAUAGGUUUCUGGUUGGUGUUUGGUUGUGUUGAGCUCAUGUUUUUAACUUUUGUGUGAUUAACAGAAAUGCAUUUCGCUGACAAAAAAAAAAAAACAUCUCGUUUUUAUCUCUUCUGUGUAGCAGAAUUUCAGUUUUAGUUGCUGCAAGACAAUAACAUUUAAAGUUGUGUAAAAGAAAAAAAAACCUGCCAACUGUAGUUAUUUUAUUUGUAAAGCCAGUAUUGAUAAAUAUUUGAAAUGGUUAUCAGUACUUUUUUUUUUGCUAGUUGCUCAUCAGCUGUUUGACAGGUUUUCUUAUUUAUGAAACAAAGAUUAGAUCACUUUUUGCUUCUUACAAUGGAGGUGUAUUUUUAUUCUUAUUUGACUUUGUUUUUGCUCUUUGCUUUGGUUUGAUAUAUAAUUAUGAUGAUGAUGAUCACGACAAUGAUUUUUGUUAUUAUUUUUUUAUAUAUUUUGGAUGCUGCUUUAUUUUUCUUUCCUUGCCAGCAGCAUCAGUUCCUGUCACAAUGCUUCUUUUAUUUCAAACCUGCAUAAUAAAGUAAAAAAAAAAGUUUAAAAGUGAA